AAGGCCAUAUAACCUACGGUACGUCAAAAUCUGAUAGGUAUCACGUUCACAUUGGAUUGUUGUGAUUCUACCGAUUCUAGAAAAUACAUAAUAAUAUUGUCGUACGCAUUAUUUUAAAGUGUUAUAAGCUUUACAGGAGUAGUCAUUGUAUUUAAUAAGCAAAAAUGUUGUUUACCAAGCUGGAAGUGUUGGUAGACUUAGGUGAGAAGCCUGAUCAGAAAGUUCUGGAUAAAACUAUCAAUGAGCUGAAGUCACAGGAUGGUGUUAAGGAGGCAGUGUUCAAAAACGGCGCUUUCGUGGUAGACUCAACUCUGCCAAGCUCUGUGGUGCUGGAUAUGGUCUCCAAAACUUCUGGGAAAAGAGCAGUCUUGCAAGGAUUUGGAGACACCCAGUCAGCAGUGGCCAUGGUGUCGAGUGCGGACUCGAGCGUGCUGGGCGUGGUGCGGCUGCAGCAGCAGCGGGGCGCGCUCGUGGCCGACGGCAGCGUGGACGGGCUGGCCCCGGGGCUGCACGGCCUGCACCUGCACGAGACCGGGGACCUGAGCCAGGGUUGUGCGUCGCUGGGGCCCCACUACAACCCGCACGGCGCGGCGCACGGGGCCCCGGGCGCGGAGAAGGGCGCCCGUCACGCGGGGGACCUCGGCAACAUCCGGGCCGAUGAGCGCGGCAGGGCUACGUUCCGGAUCGUCGACCAUGUGUUGAACAUAUCAGACAUCAUCGGCCGCUCGAUCGCCAUCACAGAGCGCGCCGACGACCUCGGGCAGGGCUCCAGCCCGAGCUCCAAGAUAGACGGCGACAGCGGCCUGCCAAUAGCGUGCGGCAUCAUAGCGCGCUCUGCCGGCGUGUUCGAGAACCCCAAACGCAUAUGCGCGUGCGACGGCGUCGUGGUGUGGGACGAGCGCGACCGCCCGCUCGCCGGGAAAGGCCGCCGCUGCUGCCAGAAGGACAAGGAGAACGACAACAAAGAACAGAAACCGUGCUGCAAAGUUUAACUCCUGCAAAUACUAGAUGUAAGGCGCAAUAUUAAAUGCUCUUCAAAAAUAUUCGCUUAGAAAGAACUAACUUUUGUAUGGUGUUCGAAGUAUUAAGGGGUCAUCCAUUAAUUACUUCACACGAAUUUCUAGGUUUUUUGACCCCUCCUUGUCACAUUUGGCAAACAACUCCCCCCCCC